AGAAAAUUUUGACCUUUAUUUCGGCAGCAAAAUCCACCGAUUCGCGAAACUCUUAAAUAUUGUACACAGAUUUUCCUCUAUGUUUGGCACUUUCUGCUGAAAAAAUGUGACAGCAGAAUUGGAUGACAGGCUACUCUGAUGUGAAAACAAUGUUUUGAAGUCUUUUUUGUUCAAAGUUCAAACCAAAAUCAAACAAGAGAAGGAACUCCAGAGUAGUAGACCAAUUAUCAUUCACAUAAGUUUUUUUUGGGUAUAUUACGGGUUAGGUGUCCAAAGUCAUUGCUCCGACUAAUCAGGAUUCGAGCUGAGCAGGUCCCUUUCAGGAAACACAGCUCUCCUAACAAGUAUUAUCAUUCACAUUAGUUAAUACUACCAGUCAACCUUAAAAGUUAGUACCUGUUGGCUGAGCUUGCCUCCUCAAAAGGAUUCAACAACAGGAUUAAUUUCAGUGUGCCCUCUGCACAGAUCUUGGCUGACGGAAUAGUUUCUUGAAGAAUAACUGGAAAAGGGGAAGAAAACCAGAAGGGUGUGAACCAUUCUUGUAACCAUGGAAGACGGUGGUGAUAUUUACACCAAGGAUGGCACAGUUGAUAUACAUAACAAUCCAGCUGAAGUGAAGAAGACUGGAAAUUGGAAAGCUUGUCGUUUCAUCCUCGGUAAGCUCUUUCUUUUACCUUGUGAAUCUUCUUUCAAUCAAUUAUGUUCAAUUUCAAUAGCUGAUCUUGAUAGUGGAUGAUUAACAGGAAAUGAAUGCUGUGAGAGGUUGGCGUACUACGGAAUCAAUACAAAUAUGGUGAAUUAUCUUCAUUUACAGCUGAAUCAAGGAUCAACAACUGCAGCAAACAACGUUACAAACUGGGCUGGAACCUGCUACAUCACUCCCUUGAUCGGUGCUUUCCUUGCUGAUUCCUAUGUAGGAAGAUACUGGACUAUUGCCGGUUUUUCCAUCAUCUAUGUCCUUGUAAGUUUUCUAUGAGUCUGUAUCUACAAAUCUUCUGACUGAUAAUCCAUAGGUUGAAGCCUUCUUUAUGGGACAAGAAAGCGAUUUUUCGAUGUGGUUGACUGUCAUUAAUGAAAUGUUACCAGGGAAGAAGAAGAAAAUGUUUAUUACUAAGAGCUUGAGGAUUCGAUUCUCCCGGGGCCAUCCAAUUUUUUUUAUUUUAAAAAGAAAAUGGUUAGGCCAUUCUGACUCUGUUUCUGGUUUCAGGGGAUGACACUACUGACACUCUCUGCUUCUGUGCACGGACUAAAACCAAGCUGCGUUAACAAUGUGUGUAAUCCAACUUCAACACAAACAGCAGUCACCUUUGCGGCUCUCUACAUCAUUGCCCUCGGAACAGGCGGAAUCAAGCCCUGCGUGUCAUCAUUCGGGGCCGAUCAGUUCGACGAGAAUGACGAAACAGAGAGGGAAAAAAAGAGUUCAUUCUUCAACUACUUUUAUCUUUCCAUCAAUAUCGGCGCGUUGGUCGCCGCCUCGGUUUUGGUGUGGAUACAGAUGAAUGUGGGCUGGGGAUGGGGAUUUGGGAUCCCUGCUGUUGCAAUGGCGGUCGCCGUCGUGUCUUUCUUUUCCGGCAGCAAGUUGUACAGGCUACAGAAACCCGGAGGGAGUCCCCUGACUAGGAUUAUGCAGGUUUUGGUUGCCUCGUUUCGGAAAUCUGAUGUGAAAGUACCUGAUGAUAAGUCUUUACUUCAUGAAACUGCUGAUAUGGAGUGUAACAUCGUUGGGAGUCGAAAACUUGAACACACCAAAAAAUUCAGGUUCCUGGAUAAGGCUGCAGUGGCGUCUGAAUCUGACAGUGUAAAGGGUUCUGUAGAUCCAUGGAGAUUAUGCACAGUGACUCAAGUCGAAGAACUCAAAUCCAUUAUCCGAAUACUCCCAAUUUGGGCAUCCGGCAUUGUUUUCUCCACAGUUUACAGCCAGAUGAGCACCAUGUUCGUCCUUCAAGGCAACACAAUGAACCAAAGCAUAGGCCCACACUUCAAGAUUCCAUCAGCCUCGCUAUCCCUCUUCGACACGCUCAGCGUGAUCUUCUGGGCUCCUGUUUAUGACAAACUCAUCAUCCCAUUUGCCAGAAAGUUCACAGGCCACGAGCGGGGUUUCACCCAGCUUCAGCGCAUGGGAAUUGGCCUCGUGAUCUCCAUAUUCUCCAUGGUUGUUGCCGGAAUCCUGGAAGUCGUUCGCCUGGAUUAUGUCCAGCGGAACAACUUGUACGACGAGUCCACGAUUCACAUGUCGAUCUUCUGGCAAGUCCCGCAGUAUUUCCUGAUUGGUUGUGCUGAAGUUUUCACCUUCAUCGGCCAGCUGGAAUUCUUCUACGAUCAGGCACCGGAUGCCAUGAGAAGUUUGUGCUCGGCGCUGUCUUUGACUACGGUUUCGUUGGGUAAUUAUUUGAGUACUCUGCUAGUUACGAUUGUGACCAAAAUCACGACGAAAAACGGGAAGCUGGGUUGGAUUCCGGAUAAUCUGAACAGAGGCCAUCUUGAUUACUUCUAUUGGCUACUGGCUAUACUCAGUUUGAUCAACUUUUUUGUGUACCUCUGGAUUGCAAACUGGUACACAUACAAGAAAGCUACUGGAAAACCACACUAAGUUGUAGUUUCUUACUCCUUAUGUCCCAAUAUUAUUGUUCAGUUUAGAUUUUUACUUUAAGUUUGUUUUGUACUAAAAAUAAAAAUUCAAACUGGAUAAUAAUUUCAGGACCGAGGGAAUAUUUUCUUUCGGUUAAUGAGUUCUGAAUUACUGUGUAGAAAAAAAGGUGUAUGUAAUGCUUUCACUCAAUGUCUAGAUGAGAACUGAAACAAUGUGUAAACGUGAAUGACGGAUGGGUGAGUAGGCUUAACAGUUUUCUGUCUCCUAUUUGUGCUAACACAACCCUUUUUAAGCUUGAAAAGGACGGCCUCAUCUGAUUGACUUGUUUGUGUCUGCCAAAAGUUAUAGCUUAAGAUUUAUGUAACGUGUUCAUCUCAAAGUCAAAAAGAAUAUCUCCG